AUGCACCGCAAUCCAGGCGAUCUGCGCAGCACCGCGUCCACCUGCAUGAUCUCAAACACAGCUAUUCUGACGGCGGGGGGCAGCGUGGGCGGCGCCCUCCUGGCGCUGCUGGUGGAGCAGGCCGGCCUGAAGCAGUCGGAGCUGGACGCCCAUCCUGUGCGCUCCAACAUGAAGCAGCUGCUCCGCACUCUGGACCAGCUGUGUCCCUUUGAGCCGGAGCUCGGCAGGCCCGAUUACGUGCGCAGUUUUCUGGACUACGUCAACACGCUGGCGUCGGUGUUGGUGCGCUGCCUCGGUUCUGAAGAUCAGACCAACAAGGUGAAGCUCGGAAACCCGAUGCUGGUGUUGCUUCAGGCUCCAUUCCAGCUGGUUUCCCACCUUCUGUUUGAGCGACAGGUGUCUCCUGGCAGAGCCCAGUCCUUGUUGAAGCAGGAGGGGCUGUGCCUGAGCGUCCAGCAGGUGAUCGUCCAGCGCUGCUGUGAGGCUCUGCCCAAACUAGGAAGAAAGAAAAAAAGCACAUUUAUAUGUUUUUAA